CGGACGGUGAAUCCCCCUCUUCACUCCGGCAGCCGCGUCGCCCCCAUGCCGACCAUCACGCACUACGUGCUGGACCCCUUCCUGGAGACGGGGUCCCUCCCCAACAACCUCCACAAGGCGGCCGCGCCCAAGCCGCCGCCGGCCGCGCCGCUGCCCCCGCGCAAGUCCCCCGAGAAGGCCAUACCCGUGCCGCCGGCGCCCGCCAGGACGCACACGCUGCCGGCGCUCUACACCACGCCCGAGACCACCUCGCUGCCCGACUCGCCCUCCUCCUUCCCGGGUACCUGGUCGCCCUACCUCAUCAACCACAAGCGGCGCGGGCCUGGCCUCGUCAAGACGCCUUCCCAGGGCGAUGUUGGGAGCGACAGCACCCUGCCAAAGCUACCACCCGCUCUUCUGACGAAGAAGACUGAAGCUGUCGAAGCGCAGGGGUCCGAGCUCACUCUUGCACAACAGAGCAGCGGUGUGUUCGGAGGCGACAGCACCGUGGUGGAGGCCUUGGAUGGGCAGGAUGAAGUGAUGAAAAACGGCAAGCUCGCCCUGUUUGGCCAGGAGGAGCAGGACCAGCCCGAGUUCGAGUUUCGGCAUGAGAGUCCGGAUGCGUUCGUGAGGCCUGUCAGCGUUGGGAGGCUCGUCAGCAACGGAACGCCGAGGAACCUCGAGAGCGAUGCCUUCUUUGAGCUUCAGGAUUCGCUCAGCGUGGCUAGCAACUCUGAGGCUGAGGAUGCUGGUGGGCCGGGGUGGUGGAAGCCCACUUCCGCCACGUCUGUCGGCACGCCUGGUGCGGAAUUCUAUGACGCGUUCGAAGAAAUAUCAAGUGAUGGUGCAACUCGAUCGUCACGAGCUCUUGAUGAUGAAUUCCGUGAAAUGAGGUUAAGUAUGUUGACAGAAAUUGAGGGGAGGAAACUAGCUGAGGAAACAGCUGAGAUCUGGCAAAAGGAAUGGAAGAAGCUGAGUCAUCACCUAUCACUUAUUGCCUUGUCACUUCCAUCUCCAACUGUAGCGGAGGACUCUGAUGAUACAAGUAUGGAUCCUGGAGCUGAGUUGUGCCAGCAAAUAACUGUUUCACAACUUGUAGCUGCUGCUAUUGCACGUGGAUUUGCUCGUGUAGAAGUUGAAUCUGAGAUGGAAAGUGUGAUUUCAGCUAAGAACUUUGAGAUUGCAAGACUAUCAGAUAGGGUCCAGUACUAUGAAGCUGCAAACCGGGAGAUGUCUCAGAGAAACCAAGAAGCUAUAGAGAUGUCCAGGCAACAGCGGAACAAGCGUAAGAUGAGACAGAAGUGGUUCUGGGGUUCAGUUGGGAUAGCAGUUACCCUCGGCACAGCAGCCAUUGCUUGGUCGUAUGUACCAGCUGGCCAGCCCCACGCUCAAGACUCGAAUAGCACCAACAGCGAUUAGAGCUAGCUGAAGAUGCAUCUUUCUGGUCACAGUGGUCCUAACAAAAGCUCUAACUAUACUUCCUAGAGAGAAAAGAAGGUUGUAUAAGUUUUCUGUUUUGGUGAUCGGCUGUGAUCACUACAAUCCUGAUUUGCCACUUCCUCUGUAAAGAUGUGGAAUGGGCCAUCUCCGUCCAGGAUUGGCUCUAUUCCCCUUACCGUAAGUCCCUCGUUGCAUAGUUGGUUGAGCAAAAUAAUACGAGGAAUGUGGAUAUGGGUAGUAAUCGUCCAUGGUGAACUCUUUAAGUGGAGUUGAUUUUGACAAUUGCAGUUUUGAUCCCAGUUCUGUUUGUCAACUCGAACAAGAGUCUUUUGCUCUGUUCUUUGUUAGUUGGACUUCCAGUCUUGGUUCUUA